AUCCGGUCCCAAACAACUCGACCCCGUCUUCAUCUACCAACGAGAUGAUUCCAUUGGCUACCACCACUCUCCCACGCCUUGAUUACUCUCUUCGCGAUCGCAGGGUAAGGAUAGGCAUCUUUUGGAUGCUUGUCUUUUUCGAUUCUGUCGCGUUACCCGUCUUACUUUACUUCAUAUUAUGGUAUGGCACAGAUUUGGAACACAAUAUUGUAUUUGGCAUAAUCACAGCUGUUUUCGGAGGCACGGCCAUUUUAGAAUACUUUCAGCGAUUUUGGAGACUCUGCAAAAAGAAUUCAACGUGUCGGGCAAUUGGCGCGAGAAGAUUUUCAUGUGAUUGGUUCCAAUGGAACAUGACUGUAGCCUUUGUCAUCAUUAUAGUAGAGCUUGUUAUUGGCACAUUGCCAAAAGAACCCAUGGUCCGCGUCCUGGCGAUGCCACUGCCUUCUCUCCUCGCAUUUUUUGGACUGGAGUUGAGUCUCUUGGAGCUCAUGUACGUUUUUCAUUUGCACGCCCCAUUUCGCAUAUCGUCAGUUGCUAGAGGAGAGAAUCUGCGGCCUGCUAUCUAUCCACUCAUAGAAGAUAUCAUUGCUGUAGAUGGCGACGGCGGGACUGCGUACAGGAUGCGACUCAAUCAGAGGUAUGAGGCAAGUCCAUACUUUAGGCUGAUGUUGCACCGUCUAUCAAUGUUUUGGGCGCUACCAGCAUUGUUAAUGGCUGUUGGAACCACAUACAUGAUUUUCUCGGUGAGGAGAGAUACUGCUUAUGUUUUAGGGUGGUUUGUGCCAUUCAUCUGGUCCGGUAUAUGGUCAAUUGUCACAACUAAAUGGGUGCAGCGUGACUUGGAAGUGGAGCAAAUGCUUUGGGACGGACAAGUACCAGCUCGAUCAUGACGUUUCUGGACUCGCAAUAGAAUUGGAAGAUAGGCGUUAAAGUCACUCUGUUCGGAUUUGUUGCGAUAGUUUGGAAUAGCUGGAGAUGUAUAGAGCGGGCGACUAAAAUGUAUCCUUGU